AUGCCAAAAAUCUUCUGGCCUCUGAGAAUGUCAGCACUGGCCAAAAGUUGGACUUUUCAGAUACAAUGGUACAGCAGAAGCUGGAUGAAAUAAAGGACCAAAUCAAGCGGGAAAUAAGGAAGGAACUUAAAAUCAAGGAGGGAGCAGAGAACCUCAGGAAGGUCACAACAGAUAAAAAGAACUUGGCAUAUGUGGACAACAUUUUGAAAAAAUCAAAUAAGAAGUUGGAAGACUUGCAUCAUAAGCUACAGGAGUUAAAUGCGCACAUUGUUGUAACGGAUCCAGAAGAUGUUGCAGAUUGUCCUAGGACUCCAGAUACUCCAAAUAGCGAUCCUCGUUUUCCUACUAACAACAGAUUGAUGGCCUUAAAGAAGCAAUUGGAUAUAGAACUGAAGGUAAAACAGGGAGCAGAAAACAUGAUACAGAUGUACUCAAAUGGCUCUUCAAAGGAUCGAAAACUUCUUGCCACAGCUCAGCAGAUGCUCCAGGACAGCAAGACAAAAAUAGAAGUUAUAAGGAUGCAGAUUCUUCAGGCAGUCCAGACCAAUGAAUUGGCUUUUGAUAAUGCAAAACCUGUGAUAAGCCCUCUUGAACUCCGAAUGGAAGAAUUACGGCAUCAUUUUAGGAUAGAGUAUGCUGUAGCAGAAGGUGCAAAAAAUGUGAUGAAAUUACUUGGAUCUGGGAAAGUUACUGACAGAAAGGCACUUUCAGAAGCACAAGCAAGAUUUAAUGAAUCAAGCCAGAAGCUGGACCUCUUGAAGUAUUCACUGGAACAGAGAUUGAAUGAACUUCCUAAAAACCAUCCCAAAAGCAGUAUUAUUAUAGAGGAGCUUUCAUUGGUCUCUUCACCCACAUUAAGUCCUCGUCAAAGUGUAAUAUCUACUCAAAACCAGUAUAGUACACUGUCCAAACCAGCAGCUUUAACAGGUACUCUGGAAGUUAGGCUAAUGGGCUGCCAAGACAUUUUGGAAAACGUCCCUGGUCGAUCAAAAGCCACAUCGAUUACGCUGCCUGGUUGGAGUCCAAAUGAAGCCAGAUCAUCUUUCAUGAGCAGAACCAGUAAAAGUAAAAGUGGGAGUACUAGAAACCUCCUGAAAACUGAUGACUUGUCCAAUGAAGUCUGUGCUGUACUGAAGUUGGAUAACACUGUGGUUGGCCAAACUAGCUGGAAACCUAUUUCCAAUCAGUCAUGGGAUCAGAAAUUUACACUGGAACUAGACAGGUCACGUGAGUUAGAAAUCUCAGUUUAUUGGCGUGACUGGAGAUCUCUGUGUGCAGUAAAGUUUCUGAGGUUGGAAGACUUCCUGGAUAACCAACGGCAUGGCAUGUGUCUCUAUCUCGAACCCCAGGGCACUCUGUUUGCAGAGGUUACGUUUUUUAAUCCAGUUAUUGAAAGAAGACCAAAACUCCAGAGGCAGAAGAAAAUUUUUUCAAAACAGCAAGGCAAAACAUUUCUCAGAGCUCCUCAAAUGAAUAUUAAUAUUGCUACUUGGGGAAGGCUGGUAAGAAGAGCUAUUCCAACAGUAAAUCACUCUGGCACCUUCAGCCCUCAAGCACCAGUGCCUGCUACCGGGCCAGUGGUUGAUGCACACAUUCCUGAACUAACCCUGCCAGCCAGUGACUCUCCUGUAGCCAAAUUGGACUUUGAACUUGAGCCUGAGCCUCCACCUGCUCCACCCCGUGCAUCUUCCCUUGGGGAAAUAUGUGAAUCUUCCUCUGAGAUAAAGGCUCCUGAUGUGACAUCUCAGGAUGAAGUAACAAGUUUUGAUUUUGAAAAUGGCAGAAAUAGUAUUGUCCCAAAACUCCAGCCUGAAAUAAUCUGUGAGACUGAUGCUCCCCAUUCAGACAUAAAAUACACGAAUGCCCGAGAGCCUGAAGAUAGAAGAUCACAACAAAGAUUUCAAUUCAGUCUGAAGGAUUUCAGAUGUUGUGCUGUACUGGGCAGAGGACAUUUUGGAAAGGUGCUGUUGGCAGAGUACAAAAACACAAAUGAGAUGUUUGCCAUUAAAGCCUUAAAGAAAGGGGAUAUUGUCGCUCGUGAUGAAGUAGACAGCUUGAUGUGUGAAAAGCGUAUAUUUGAAACUGUGAAUAGUGUAAGACAUCCCUUCUUGGUGAACCUUUUUGCUUGUUUCCAAACCAAAGAUCACGUUUGCUUUGUAAUGGAAUAUGCUGCUGGUGGGGAUCUGAUGAUGCACAUUCAUACUGAUGUCUUCUCUGAACCCAGAGCAGUAUUCUAUGCUGCAUGUGUGGUUCUUGGACUUCAGUAUUUACAUGAACACAAAAUCGUGUAUAGAGAUUUGAAGUUGGAUAACUUAUUGCUGGACACAGAAGGCUUUGUGAAAAUUGCUGACUUUGGUCUUUGCAAAGAAGGAAUGGGAUUUGGAGACAGAACAAGCACAUUCUGUGGCACACCAGAAUUUCUUGCUCCAGAGGUGCUGACAGAAACUUCCUAUACAAGAGCUGUAGACUGGUGGGGUCUUGGUGUACUUAUCUAUGAGAUGCUAGUGGGUGAGUCUCCCUUUCCUGGAGAUGAUGAAGAGGAGGUGUUUGACAGUAUUGUAAAUGAUGAAGUAAGAUACCCACGAUUUCUGUCUACAGAAGCCAUCUCUAUAAUGAGACGGCUGCUACGAAGAAAUCCAGAGCGACGUCUUGGAGCUGGAGAGAAAGAUGCUGAGGAUGUGAAAAAGCAUCACUUCUUCAGGCUAAUAGAUUGGAAUGCUUUACUGGCCAAGAAAGUGAAGCCUCCUUUUGUACCCACCAUUAGAGGACGAGAAGAUGUUAGUAAUUUUGAUGAUGAAUUUACCUCUGAAGCACCUAUCCUCACUCCACCUCGGGAACCAAGGAUACUUUCAGAAGAAGAGCAGGAAAUGUUCAGAGAUUUUGAUUACAUUGCUGAUUGGUGUUAACUUCUAGACACUGUGAACCCCCAGCUGACUGGCUCACAAGAAGGCCUCUCUCUGAAGAAUACCGACCCUUCGAUUGCUCUCUGUGCCACCUGUAGCUUCUGGUUUUUUUAAAUCACACGAAGAUUCUUUUAAGUACUGUUUUAACACUCUUGUGAAGAGUGGCCUCUUUGUACAUUGUUUUUUAUCUGAGCACUGGAAAGCAGGUUAUGGAGUUCUUAAGCUGAGUUGGUGAACCCAGGCUGUAUCGAGCUUCCCACACACAGGCACACGUGGAGCUGUACUGUUUCUCUCACUCUUCCACAGCAGAUAACAUCACUUUUUUAAGUAUCUGCCUCAAGUGGGAAAAGCAAACUUUGAGCUAGGUAAUCACUUAUCUCUACUCAGCCACACAGAAAGAGAGGUUUGGGAUACUGAUGACACUCACACAGAAUAUGGUUCUAGCUGGAGAAGGCAAAUUAUUUCAGUUAAAUAUUAUCUUGUGCAGUCUAUGAAACUACACAUUUCUAUGUACACCUUCAUCUUGUGUUCUUAAAAUAAUGGUGUUGAGAACAGAUAUGCCUUGUUUUGUAAAUUUUCUAUGGUAUUUAUUAGGAAAACUGUUAAACGCCUUGCCUUUGAGAUAACAACAGCGUAAGUGC